AUGUCCUUGAAAGACUUUUAGAUUCUGUAAGAACUAGGCGAGGGAGCAUACUCGAAAGUGUAUAAAGUAAGACGAAUUGCUGACGGUUUUGAAUACGCUUUAAAGAAAGUGAAACUACAAUCAUUAUCAGACAAAGAAAAAUAAAACGCUUUGAAUGAAGUUAGAAUAUUAGCAAGUGUCAGGCAUGCCAAUGUAAUUUAGUAUAAGGAGGCAUUUUUAGAAGAAUCUACUCAGAGCUUAUGUAUUGUAAUGGAGUAUGCAGACGAUGGAGACUUGUUCUAAAAGAUUGUUGAAUGCUAAAAAAAAGGAAUGCUAAUGGCUGAGAAAGACAUUUGGAACCACUUUACAUAAAUAGUUAAGGGAUUGAAGGCAUUGCACGAUAUGAAAAUCUAUCAUCGAGACUUGAAAUCAGCCAAUGUCUUCUUGAAUACCGAUGGAACUGUCAAAUUGGGAGAUAUGAACGUAUCCAAAGUGGCCAAAAAAAUAUUACUAUACACUUAAACUGGAACACCUUAUUAUGCAUCCCCAGAAGUCUGGAAGGAUCAACCUUACGAUUCCAAAUCUGACAUCUGGUCCUUGGGUUGUGUCCUUUAUGAAAUGACUACCCUGAAACCUCCCUUUAGAGCUGAAGAUAUGAAUGGUCUUUACAAGAAAGUCGUGAGAGGCUAUUAUCCAAAAAUACCAACUAUAUAUAGUUAAGAUCUAAGCAAUGUUAUUAGAGCUUUGCUUUAGGUCCAACCUCAUUUGAGGCCAUCCUGUGAUAAAAUCCUAUAAUUGUCAGCAGUUGUUAAUAGAAUGGAUGAUAAGGUCUUAAUCGAAGAAGAAGGAGCAAAAUUCCUAUUGCAAACUAUUCGAGUUCCCAGAGUCAUGCAUUAUCUCACUGACAGAUUGCCAAAACCUAAUUAUGCCCCUAUUAAAAUGAUGAGAAUUGACAAAAAUCAGUUCAUCCAAACUUUGGCCGUCCAAAAAUCAAGCCAAGAAAAUGUGGAAGAUCCUCUAACCAAUUCCAAUGUUGAACAUUUACCAAGGAUUGGCCGCAGACUGGAUGACUCUUAAAUCUAAUCAUAUGAUGCUUCAUCUGUUCUAAGUAAAAAAUAGAAUAAAGUUGAUGAAUCAUACAUUUUACCUAAACCAUCCCUGGAAAUUGCAUCUUAGGCUACUAAAAAUACUGAAAAACUCAGUCUCAUUCACUAGAUUUAUGCUGGCAAUCCAGUUAAGGCUGUUAAGAAAAAUAAAAAACCUAUGAAACCCGAAAUUCAAAUACUAUAACAAAAGUUGGUCUAAAAGAAACUAGAUAUCGAAGGCGAACCUAAACCUUUACUAAUUAAAAAUGUCAAACAUCAAUAAGAGGAAAAAUCUCCAUCUCCAUUUUUACCUGUACUACCUGCCAUAUCAAAAGAGAAAAGAGUCAUGAAAGACAACAAUGAGGAUGAGUAAUUAAAAAGGAUUAAGUAGACUGAAGAACAGAUUCAAUUGCUAAAAGAAAAAUAAUUAAAGUAAAAAAGAAAAUAUUAACUCAGAAAUUCAGAGAAAUGA